UAGCCAGAAAAACCCCUGGGUUAGAGGAUGCUAUAUUCCUUUCAUGGUGUUAAUUGUAUUUGUCACACCUCUCCUGAAAUAGAGUAUAACAGGUCUGGAAGCUCAGAGCCUCCUUUUUUGCUCUCCAAAGGGUUUGCUGCUAUGGAGCCUGUGAGUAUUGACAAUCUGUCGAUCUUGUACCAAAGUGCGGACUUCAUCGUGGUCAACAAGCACUGGGAUGUCCGCAUCGACAGCAAGAUGUGGUAUGAAAAGCUGACUCUGCAGAGUCAGUUGAAAUACCGAUUUCCAGAACUUGCUGAUCCAGGCACUUACUAUGGCUUCCGGUUUUGCCACCAACUGGAUUUCUCCACCAGUGGGGCCCUUUGCGUGGCCCUGAACAGAGAGGCAGCUGGCAGUGUAUACAAGUGUUUCAAGAAUCGGACAGUCGCCAAGGCCUACCUUGCAUUGGUGAGAGGCCACAUCCAGGAGGCAAAGAGGACAAUCUGCUUUGCCAUUGGGAAGAAUACAACUGAGGGGCUGACUCAUAUGAUGUGCACUGAAGGCACUGAUGGUUGCAAAAACCCGAAACCUUGCCAGUCAGAACUCACAGUCCUUGAACAUGGGUUGUACAGUGGAGAGCCAGCCACAAAAGUGCUUUUGCAGCCUCUUACAGGAAGAACCCAUCAGCUCCGAGUCCACUGCAGUGCCAUCGGGCACCCGAUUGUUGGGGACUUCACGUACAGCUUUAAGAAGGACAGCGCUCCCUAUCGGAUGAUGCUCCAUGCGUACUAUUUGUGCAUCCCAACCGGCAAGGAGCUAAUCGAAGUGAUCGCUCCAGACCCCUUCGUUCCCUCCUUCGACAGCAGUUGGGUCCCUCAGCACGUUACGCGCUGCUUGGAUGAGCUGAUCCAGGAACUGAAAGACAAGGGCAUCUGGGCAGAGGAGGAAGAGAAGCAGGAAGAUCUCCCUGCUGUCCCGAGUCCGGAGAUUUUACAUGAAACCAAGACCCUGGAGCUGGAGGAACAGCAAACUCGCUGCAAGCAGUGGUUGUCUGAAUGGGUGUUGGAAUGAGAUGGCUCAGCCCUUUGCAAUUGAAAUUGAAGCCAUCUCUGUUUACUUGUGGCUUGUGAACAACCUCGAUCCCCUGACCAAAUGAGGGCACCUUUCUGUUUUAGUUGCAAAAUUCCCCAGGAGUGGGGAGCGCCGCAGUCCUAGAUUGUAAUUCUAAAAGUCGUGUGCCUGCACUGCCAUAUUUUAGUUGUUUGGGGUCAGCAGUCAGUACGGAGGGCAGCCAGGCAGGGUUGGUGAUUUUAUUGUAAGUACAAAGGGGCUGAAUUGAUGUAACUGGGUGCUCACCUCAAAAGAAGUGACAGAAAAAUGGGGUCUGAUGGUUUGCUCAGGCUAACCUUGGAGGAUGCACGGCUACUAAUUGCUGGACAUUUUAUUCUUGUUUGGGAGAUACUGGGGUGUUGAUGGGGGGCUGAACAAACUCAAGAUGGUAUCCAUGACUUCAUGGUUGAAGCCCUGCCCCUUUUUAUCUGUGUCACAUCUGCAGUGUAUGUAAAAAACGGGUGAGGCUUUGAUUGUAUGGUUGUGGCUGCCAUCUGCUACAUACAAAUGUCCUGCGGACGCCCAGAAGGAUGUAAAGGCCUUUUGAUAGCUGGAUGUGUAAAGCUGGCUGGCUGGCUUCUGCUUUUUCAUCAUCAAAGCACUCACUUGGCUUUUAAACUAUUUGUUUGCCAAUUUAAAUCAAAUUCAUGGUUUUAACUUGCAGGGAUGUUUGAGAGAAAACCAUCCCACCUUUUAUCAAUGAUACAAUAAGAUCUGUUGCAGAACGUUGGAGUAAGUAAUAUAUUUUUAGGAUGUCUGAAUUAUUCCCACCACAAUAUUUUUAUUUUAAAAAUAAUGUUCUUGGUGCAUUUUCCAAAUGUCUAGAAUAUUCAAAUGGCCUUACGAAACAGAGGUGGCAUGAUAUUCCCCCAUCUUCCUUUCUGUUUAGGUAUGGUUUAUGAUUUUUGGAUUCUGAUUGUUGCCUGAAAUCUGAUAGAGCAUUGAUAUGGCAUUUACUUUUACUUUUGAUUCAUAAACAACAGGGUUCCCUUCUACUUUCUCUUAAGUAAAGGAGAAGAUACUUGACUUUUUGUGAGAGGUUUGAAAAUGUGCCUUAUGGUAGAUUCUAGAGAUUGUAUGAAGGCUUCUACAUAGAAUGCAGAUUUUACCUCCUUGCUUCUACACGUAUCUUUCCUGCCCAUGUCAUGAUCUUGUGAAACUGCUUAAAUCUUUGCCAACAUUUUAAAAAUCUAGUAACCAAGUGUAAUGUAUGUUAUUAAUAUUCACAAUUUAAGUAGACUUUUGUGUAAAUCACAUGUAUAGAUUGUUCUGUGCGUAACUCCCCCCCCCCAGUUUUCCCAUUGCUCUAAAUUUCAGUCUUUGAAAUUGGUGCAUUAAACAGCUCUUAUCUCUAGAGGAUGCUCACAUUACAGAUGGUCCCAUUUGUGACUGCAGUCCUUAAAUGGACGUGGUUGGGAGUAAACCACGAUUAAAUAAUUAUUUUUUUAAAAAGUGGGUACAAGAUUUUGAAGACAUAACUUGCACAAAAGGGCAGGAUAUGUGAAAUUCUAACCCUAACCCUCACUCUUGUGCCUGGCUGCCGUUGUGGCGUUUUCACAGCACACUGUAAC